UGGCUCUGAGGAGCAAGCCAAAGAUAAACACGUAGCCAGACUGUCAGGGGCGAGGAGAAAAUAUAAAGAGUGUGCGCCGCGAAACCAACAAAAUGGAAUAACUUCUAAGAAUAUAGGUACUUCAGCAGCCAAGAAAACAUUCGUCAAAUUACCCGAGGAGCAACUCUUCCGCAGACAUCGUGUCGUAUCUGUUGCCGAGUCCAGAAUGGUGCGAGCAGCCUUGGUGACUGCCACCAGUCUAGCACUGACUGGUGCUGUGGUGGCACAUGCUUACUUCCUCAAACACCAGUUUUAUCCAACUGUGGUCUACCUCACCAAGAGCAGCCCGAGCAUGGCGGUGUUGUACAUUCAGGCCUUUGUGCUGGUGUUUCUGCUGGGAAAGUUCAUGAGGAAGGUCUUUUUUGGACAGCUAAGAGCUGCAGAAAUGGAGCACCUGAUCGAGCGCUCGUGGUAUGCGGUGACCGAGACGUGCCUGGCAUUCACCGUGUUCAGGGAUGACUUCUCCCCUCGCUUUGUGGCCCUCUUCACCCUCCUACUCUUCCUUAAGUGCUUCCACUGGCUGGCAGAGGACCGGGUGGACUUUAUGGAACGGAGUCCUAACAUAUCUUGGGUGUUUCACUUAAGAGUACUAUCUCUCAUGGCUCUGCUGGGGAUCUUGGACUUCCUCUUUGUCAACCACGCCUGCAACAGCAUCAUUACCCGAGGAGCAUCAGUCCAGCUUGUUUUUGGAUUUGAGUAUGCCAUCCUGCUGACUAUGGUGCUGACUACCUUCAUCAAGUACGUUCUGCACACAGUUGACCUGCAGAGUGAAAACCCCUGGGACAAUAAGGCCGUCUACAUGCUCUACACUGAGCUCUUCACUGGUUUCAUUAAAGUGCUCCUCUACAUUGCCUUCAUGACCAUCAUGAUAAAAGUCCACACCUUCCCCCUGUUCGCCAUUCGACCCAUGUAUCUGGCUAUGAGGCAGUUCAAGAAAGCUGUAACAGAUGCUAUCAUGUCUCGAAGGGCCAUCCGCAACAUGAAUACACUAUACCCUGAUGCUACUCCUGAAGAUCUGCAGGCCUCUGACAAUGUGUGUAUAAUCUGCCGAGAGGAAAUGGUCACUGGUGCCAAGAAACUGCCAUGUAAUCACAUUUUCCACUCCAGCUGCUUGCGCUCCUGGUUCCAGAGGCAGCAGACCUGUCCCACCUGUCGCAUGGACGUCCUCCGAGCCUCCAACAACAACAACCAGACACCAGCCCCAGCCCAGGCCCCACCCCCUGCCCCAGCACCCCCUGCCAAUGCCCCUGCAGCUCCACCCGCCAACGUGGCUCCCGGCAUGUUGCCUGGCUUCCCUCCUGGCUUCUUUCCCUUCUGGGGUCCUUUCCCUGCUGUGCCUCCCCCUCCCCCUGCUCCUGCUGCAGCCACUGCAGCUCCAGCUGCUGCUGAUGCUCCACCAAGCACCACCGAGGCUGCGCAGACAGCAGGUACCAGCCAACCAUCUUCCUCCACGACAGACUCGUCUACUGGAGCUUCAGCUGCCGCCGCCGCCGCUACUGCUGCUGCUCCAGGCUCAGCAAUUCCCGGGUUUCCCCUCUCCUUCCCUCCCCCUCCCUUCCCCACCCCUCCCUGGCUGCCCAUGCCUCCACCUCCACCUUUUGUGUCGUCGAUGCCCCCUCCUCCUCCGUCUCUGUCACGGCUGUCUGAGGACGAGCUGAGGGAGCUGGAGGCAGAAGGGAGGCGGGGCCUUGAGGCCAGACUGCAGUGUCUGCAGAACAUCCACACGCUGCUGGACGCCGCCAUGCUCAACAUCCACCACUACCUCACCACCGUGGCCACACUCACUCCUCCCCGGACAGAAGCUGCCACUGGAGAGGCCAGUGAGACGAACCCUGUGUCAUCGAGCCCUGCAGCUGGAGGCAGCACCAGCACUCCCAGCCCGGACAAGGAGAAGAACAAGGACUCCUCCAGCUCUGAGCAGGUGGGCGGAGCUACAGCCCUGUCAGAGCCCGGCGACUCCACCGCCACCGCCUCAGACACGGAACGAAAAGAAAAGCUGGAUGACGGAGCAGCGGAGGAGGACGGGGAACCCAACGCCGCCGAGCUGAGGCGCCGCCGCCUCCGGAAGCUGGAGACGCCGACGUCAUCGCCCCCUCCAGAUAACUGAACGAUGCGCCGUGACUCGGACAUGUGGCUCUGGACCAACAGGAACUCUGGAGACAGAUCACGUGUUGAUGGAUGAUCGCUUUGGUUCUUCAGGGCAUCUCCUGGUUGCGGCUCUGGCCUGGUGCAGGCUCAGGUUUUCAACUGUGUCCAGCUGGACUCAGGCUGCUGGGAGAUGCUUCUGGUUCUGUUUGUGUGUCAGACAGCAAUAGCACGGCCCCUUUUUUUUUUUUUUCCUGUUGUUUUCACAGCUUUUAUUUUUGUCUCCAGAAUGACGACUGCAAUAAGCAUACCACCAGGGUUCAGCAGAUCGAUCACACACAUCUCAGACAUAUUCAGUCAGCGUGAGGGAGACAGGGUUUGAUUUGUGUUUGGUAGUUGUACUGUCCAGGUCUUUGCUUGCACUUUGUCUUUGGGUUAAUUCAGCUUUGUUCAGUAUAAAGGUGGUCGCACCAUUGUGUUACACUCGGAUCAGUCAGAUCCAAUGAUCCUGGAUUUCUUUUCUUUGUCAUUUUUCAGUUUCUUCUGGAGAUGUUGCCACUGCAGAUGUUGUAACAUACAGAUGAAUGUGUACAUACUGUAUAAAGAGUUUUAAUAGGAUGAUCUGUACAUACUGCAGAAUAAACUGUUUGACUGAA